CUUGGAACAAACAGCCAGAGCAGGAGGCUGGCAGGACUCUGCGCUCAGCAUGCAGGCGCUCAACAUCACCGCGGAACAGUUCUCCCGGCUGCUGAGCGCGCACAACCUGACUCGGGAGCAGUUCAUUCAUCGCUACGGGCUGCGACCGCUGGUCUACACUCCGGAGCUGCCCGCGCGCGCUAAACUGGCCUUUGCGCUGGCUGGAGCACUCAUUUUUGCCCUGGCGCUCUUUGGCAACUCUCUGGUCAUCUAUGUGGUGACCCGCAGCAAGGCCAUGCGCACCGUCACCAACAUCUUCAUCUGCUCUCUGGCACUCAGUGAUCUGCUCAUUGCCUUCUUCUGCAUCCCCGUCACGAUGCUCCAGAACAUCUCGGACAAGUGGCUGGGUGGUGCCUUCAUCUGCAAGAUGGUGCCGUUUGUCCAGUCCACUGCCGUUGUAACAGAAAUCCUCACCAUGACUUGCAUCGCUGUUGAGAGGCACCAAGGACUUGUCCAUCCUUUUAAAAUGAAGUGGCAGUACACCACCCGAAGGGCUUUCACAAUCUUGGGUGUGGUCUGGUUGGCAGCCAUCAUCGUAGGAUCACCCAUGUGGCACGUACAGCGCCUGGAGAUUAAGUACGACUUCCUCUAUGAAAAAGAACACGUCUGCUGCUUGGAAGAGUGGGCCAGCCCCGUGCACCAGAGGGUCUACACCACCUUCAUCCUCGUCAUCCUCUUCCUCCUGCCGCUUGUGGUGAUGCUUGUCCUCUACGGCAAGAUUGGCUAUGAACUGUGGAUCAAGAAGAGAGUUGGAGACAGUUCAGCGCUUCAAACUAUCCACGGGAAAGAAAUGUCCAAAAUAGCCAGGAAGAAGAAGCGGGCUGUCGUUAUGAUGGUGACAGUGGUGGCUCUCUUCGCUGCGUGCUGGGCACCUUUCCAUGUCGUUCACAUGAUGGUUGAGUACAGUAACUUUGAAAAAGAGUACGAUGAUGUCACAAUCAAGAUGGUUUUUGCUGUCGCACAAACAAUUGGCUUUUUCAACUCCAUCUGUAAUCCCUUUGUGUAUGCAUUUAUGAAUGAAAACUUCAAAAAGAAUUUUCUGUCUGCGGUUUGUUAUUGCAUAGUAAAGGAAACCUUCUCCCCAGCACGGAGGCCUGGAAAUUCUGGGAUUUCAAUGAUGCAGAAGAGAGAAAAAUUAUCACGAUCUCAGCGUCCAGUGGAGGAAACCAAAGGAGACUCAUUCAGCGAUGCCAACGCUGAUGUCAAAUUGUGUGAGCAUCCGGGGGAGAAAAGGCAGCUCAAGCGACAACUUGCCUUCUUCAGUUCUGAACUUUCUGAACACUCUACUUUUGGCAGUGGACAUGAAUUGUAAUGAUAUCCUCAUAGUCAAUAUCAUUUGUAUGGAAAGUUAUUUUGAGCAAAGGUCAGGACUGUUUUUUUAAAUGACAAGAGGAGAAACAAGACAUGUUUUCCAUUUAAAUGAACAUAAUACAUAACACUGUAACUGAAAUUUUAUUAUCACAGCUUUGUGGAUGAUUAAAGUAGAUUUUUCAAAAGACUUAGUGCAUAAUAAAGCAGUGGUUUGGGCAGUAGUUUUAUCCAUGUAGUCAAUGUAAUGUGACUUUUGUGUAUUGCUAAACUGGAUGAAAAUUAUUAAAAUUGUAUUGUCAUCCUUGAAUAUUAAACAUCUGAACAUC